UUGGCUCUGGAGGCUGCUGCAGCAGGGAGGGGCUAUAUAGGAGGGGCUCCGCUCUUCUGGGCGUGGUCUUCAUCUUGGGGGAAGGGUCUGAAGAGUGCGUGGGGAGGUGCAGGCGAUGGCGGCGACGGCGCGCGAAGAUGGCGCUGGAGGCCAGAAGCGAGGCCAGAGGGGCUGUGAGCACUAUGACAGAGGAUGUCUCCUGAAGGCACCUUGCUGUGAGAAACUUUAUACUUGUCGGUUGUGUCAUGAUAACAAUGAAGAUCACCAGCUGGAUCGCUUUAAAGUGAAGGAGGUGCAAUGCAUAAACUGUGAGAAAAUUCAGCAUGCCCAACAGAUCUGUGAAGACUGUAGCACAUUGUUUGGAGAAUAUUAUUGCAGUAUAUGCCAUCUAUUUGACAAAGAUAAGAAGCAGUAUCAUUGUGAAAACUGUGGAAUUUGUAGGAUUGGUCCAAAGGAAGAUUUUUUCCACUGUUUGAAAUGUAACUUAUGCCUAGCUUUGAAUCUUCAAGGAAAACAUAAGUGUAUUGAAAAUGUCUCCCGGCAGAAUUGUCCAAUAUGUUUGGAGGAUAUUCACACUUCCCGUGUUGUUGCUCAUGUCUUGCCAUGUGGACAUCUUUUACAUAAAACGUGCUAUGAAGAAAUGUUGAAAGAAGGCUACAGAUGCCCACUGUGUAUGCACUCUGCGUUAGAUAUGACUAGGUACUGGAGACAGCUGGAUGAUGAGGUUGCGCAGACUCCGAUGCCGUCAGAGUACCAGAACAUGACUGUGGAUAUUCUCUGCAAUGACUGUAAUGGACGCUCCACAGUUCAAUUCCAUAUAUUAGGCAUGAAAUGUAAUUUUUGUGACUCCUACAAUACUGCUCAAGCUGGAGCACGUGGAAUUUCACUGGAUCAGCAAUGACAAGUCUAUAUACACCAGAAAGCUCAGCAAUUUCUGAUACAGAAGAAGGCAUUCCUUACUAUUCUGUUGUCAUAAUGUGUCAUAAUAUAUGCAUUAGAUUUGAUGUGUUUUGUAUUAGUGUCAUAGGAGAGAAUCAUAUUACAAGUACUUAAAGAUUCAGAGUUUCUUUAUAGAACUAUCAUAGCUCUGUAUUGGAUGAAGGCCACUGUGUUUGUAUUUUGAUUGGAAAUUCUUUUUGUGUCAGUUGUUUGGAAGCCAAUGAUGUUUGCCACUGAUAAUUCACAUUCCUAGAAGUAUGUUAUAUUUUCAUGGAACUUUGCUUAAAGUGACACAGUGCAUGCAGAGUUCAUUUCUGGUUCUUGAUAGAACUGCACUUAAUUCUCAGUGGUAUUCUUGACUUCAUAAGGGCUGUACUAUAAUGAGAAUAAGUUCUACUUUAUUGUUAAAAUCUAAUUACGUAUGCUUUAGAAUUUUCUAAGAUAGCCCUUUGGAUCCUAAAUGUGAAUUUUUUUUGAUGUAAUAACUGCUAAUAAAGUGAUACUGAGACAAUG